AUGUUCCUUUCUAUACUCAAUCACACUAUUGAUCAGUUCGUACCCUGGGCUCUCGUCUAUCCGAAUAAGCGCAAUCUACCUGAAUACUUACGUAACAUGUUUGAACAUAAAGAAUGCUUGUUUCAAUAUGCGAAAAUGACCGGCGAUUGGGUUGAGUACAACAGAUUCUCCUCAGCUUUCACCAAAAGACUUAUGAAAUUCAACAGAAAUGUAGAAAAGAAAAUUGUUGAAGCUAAGGACAAGCAGCGUUUUUUCAGAUUCAUGAGAUCUAGGCUGCGCGAGAAAUCUCAAUUUACGGAUUUAAGAGAACGACUCGUCGAACUUCAAGAAGGACUCAGAAGAACAUUUUUGGACAUCCUCGCAGUUACGGAGCUACGAUGGAAAGGAACAGGGAGUAUAGACCUCGAAGACUCAGAUUAUAAAUUCUUCCAUGCUGGGCCUGAAGACACACAAGGACCAUCUGGAACCGGUUUUUUCGUGAGUCGCCGCCUUCUUCCUUUCGUGGAUGCUUUUUCAAGAGAAAACGACAGAAUGUCUCGUUUGGAUGUACGAUUUGAUGCGAAUUUGUAUCGGUUUUUGGCGGUAUAUGUACCCCCUUCAGCAAGUUCCACAGCAGAAGACGACGAACAAUAUUGUGCACAUGUCGAAAACAUUCAAGCCAUCAUACUUGACUCCGCAAACAAGUAUACACCAUGCGGAGUAAGACCGACGUCGAAAAUGAUGCACGAUACGUCGAAAAUACAUCCAAUCAUAUUGGGCGAUUUUAAUGCACAUUUAGGGAAGAAGACAAAUGACAUGGAAAGUUCUCUUGGAAGGCAUACGUACGAUAGUUGUCGAAAUACACGAGGGCAAAUACUUGUAGACUUCUGCGAAGAACUACAACUUCGGGCAGCUGCCACGUUUUUCAAGACCAGGAAUGGACGAAAGUGGACCUGGAGAUCUCCGAACGGGAAGACUUUUAGCUGUAUCGACCAUAUAUUUGCAUGCCGUCACCUUCGUUUCAACAGUAUCAGAACAGGAUCGAUACAGUUUGAAACUGAUCAUCGGCUUCUACGAGGAAUUUUAGAGAUACACAGCUGCACUACCAGAAUGAGAAAGAGAACACGUUCGAAGUCUUAUCUAGACCGAGACGCUUACCAGAUGGAACUGGCCAGAAUUUGUCCUCGAACCAUUCAAGAUCCAUCGAAUCGUUAUCGAGAAAUAUGCAGGUAUAUCAGGAACGCGGCAUCUGUGGCUACAAGACGUACCCAAGCUCGCCACUACCUUUCCACUGACACCCUAUCACUAAUGAGACAGCGACAGCAACUGAAGAGAGAGAUGAAUACGCUAACAGACCGAGUAGCAUACAUCGAAACUUGCAAAUUGCUGAGAAGGAUGAUAAGAAACGAUAUUCGUUUACAUCAUCGUGAUCUUGUUCAGAAAGCGAUUGCUACUGGUGGAAGCUUGAAGAUGGUGCAAAGCCAAAUGUCAGUUGGUCGGCGACAACCGACUCAGCUGCGCGACAAGAAAGGGAAACUAUGUGUGUCGAGGAACGAAAUCAAAGAAGUUAUAAGGGAGUAUUAUGACCAGCUGUACACAUCGCAAAGCAUGGUGCCCUACACACAAUGGAAGAAAGACGAUGAUGAUUGUGCACCAAUCCUCCCGAGCGAGGUAGAAACAGCUUUGAAGAACACAAAUGCCAGGAAAACUCCAGGACACGAUCUUAUAACGACGGAAAUGUUGCAGUGGGAUAAUGGCAAGAACAACGGCAACGAUCUUCUAUAG